GGGGCAUGGGGAGAGCAAGGAGCAGGUCAGAACGAGAUGAGCUGACAUCCACGUCAGAAAGCGAAGGAGAGGGGGAGAGGAGGAAAGAGAGGGAGGACAGAAAACCCAUCAACGUACACACACACAUUUUUCUAUGCGACGUAGAACUCCACACACACACUUCAUCACUGGACACCAGCUUGUCUACACACAUUCACCCAGUUAAUGGUCACUCCAGUGAGACUUUUUCCCCUGAUGGCCCAAGUCCUACGGCUGACCCCUCAGACAGCAGCAGUGUGUGUCGUGGAAAUGUGUUAGAUGGGAGUGUGUGUGAGGACUCUGUGUGCUCCCAUGUAUUCAACCCACCUAGCCCAGCACCCAGCACCCCCCACUCUCAGCCUCCAUCCCAUUCUUAUGACUCUCCUAGUCCUCUCACCCCAGUCUCCCCCUGUUCUGACCAGACUGACUUCUAUGGCCCUAGUAAUCCUAAUGCUGACAACAGGACUUUGUCUGAGGGGAAUGACCCUAGUGAGCUUUACAUGACCCCUGGUGACACUUUGACCCCCACAGAGGAGUCAGGGGCUAGGACUGUGAGGGCGGAGCUAGUGGAGGUGAAGAACGAGUCGUCUGAGAGCGAAGGGAACGAGGGAGAGGAGGAUGAGGACACCUUAAAGGAAGAAGAGGAGACCACAAAGAAAGAGGAAAGCAAGCGGGAGGAGAGCAAUGUGAAUAACCUGGUGGAUAAUGUGUUUAACCUGGUAGAUGAUGUGUUUGAAGAAUCCAGAGUGGAGCCUAGAAUGGUAGAACAGAGAAUGGUUGAACCGACAGUGCAACCUAAAAUGGUGGAACAGAGAACGGUUGAAGCUCCAGUGGAAAUCAGAAUGGUUGAACCCUCGUUGAGAGAAUGUGUGGAGGGAUUCCAUGACAGUUCUGAGGUGAGAGAGAAGGAAUCAGGGAGAGACAUGUACCAGCAGGAGAUCGAAUGGAGCGAGGGGCAGAUGGCGGAAGAAAGCAGACAGUUUAGAGAAGAGGGGAUGACAGGAAAGAGUGAGAUGGAGAACGAGAAGGUAGGGACGGAAGAAAGAGAUGAGCCAGGAGAGCAGGAGAAAGUUGAGGUGAGAGGAAGCAUGUGUGAUGAGAGCAGAGAGGAGGAAGGGAACGAGGAGGCCGGAUUGGAGGCAAGAGAGGAUGGAGGGAUAGACUUCAGGGUAAAGGAGGAAGUGAGAGAGGAAGAGGAGAGGAAGUGCAGUUGGAGAGUGGAUGUGAAGGAUGAGGACGAAGGGAGCGGGUGCACCGAGAGAGGAGAGGAGGAGAAUGGAUCUGCCAUCAUCCUUGAGAUUGAGAAUGAGGCCUUCGCGAAAGACAGGGAACGGGACUCCGCAAGAUGUCUGACCCCAGAUCCAGAGGAGCAGCUCUCUACUGAAUAUGAUGAGAUUCCCGGUCUUCCUCAUGAGGAUAAUGAGGAUUCUGCUAAGACAAGGAAGGUCAAAUUCUCUACAGCACCAAUCAAGGUGUUCCUUACCUACUCUAAUGCGGACUAUGACAGGCAUAACGAUGACGUUGACCCUGUGUCUGCCUCUGCUGAGUAUGAACUGGAGAAGAGAGUGGACAAGAUGGACCUCUUCCCAGUCCAGAUAGAGAAGGGAGAUGAGGGUCUGGGUAUCAGUAUAAUAGGGAUGGGGGUAGGGGCUGACCAGGGUCUGGAGAAGCUGGGCAUCUUCGUUAAGACCAUCACAGACAACGGAGCUACACAACAGGAUGGACGUGUCCAGGUGAAUGACCAGAUAGUGGAGGUGGACGGGGUCAGUCUGGUCGGAGUCACACAGCUGUUUGCUGCCACUAUGCUGAAGAAAACCAUUGGCACUGUCAGGUUUUUGAUAGGCCGGGAGAAGCAGGGGGAGGAGAGUGAGGUGGCUCGUCUGAUCACUCAGAGUCUGGAGCAGGACAAGAGACCACCUACAGUGGAGUUGCUAAAUGGAGGUGAUGAUGGCGCUCUGGGGCUGAGCACAGUGGAUGAGAGAGAGGAAGAUCUCCUUACAGAGGAUGAAGAGGAGGAAGAGGAAGAGGAAGACCUAACCAGCCUGGACUCAACCCAGCUCUGCCUUAAAUACAAACAGCUCCAAUUAAAGCUCAGGACCAGAUCAGACCAACUCUGCCUAGCCCAGGAGAAGCUGAGGGUUUGUGAGGAGCAGCGGGCCUUGUGGGAGAGUCGUCAGGAUGAGCUGGAGCAGAGUGUCCAGGAGGGAGAGGAGAAGGCUGACCAACUGGAGAAGUACUGGCAGGAGGCCCAGGCUCUGUGCAGGAUUGUGAACCAGCGAUUGGCUGACACUCAGAGCCAAUUCGACAGCCUAGAGGUCAAAUACAGCAAGGCCAAGAGACUGCUGAGGGAAUUCCAACACAGAGAGAAGGAGAGUGAGAGGAGAGAGGAGGAGCUGCGGCGAGAGAUGGAGGAGACCGAGAGGAGACACAGAGAUACCGUGGAUAGACUACAGAGACAGAUUGGUCCCCUGGAGCGAGGGGAGGCGGUCCCUGAGAUUGACAACCAACCGCUGGACACCUCAUUUACCUCAAGCGCAGACUGGAGCAUUGCUGUGCCUGAAACGGGUCGGCUGGACACGAGCGCUCACAGGGCCAGAGCACAGCUCGCCCAGAAAACCAAGAGACACCCUCCCUCACGAGACAAACUCAGAAAGUCCUUCAGGAGACCGGGUGAGGAAGACCAGAUUCAGGCCUGUGACGGGAAGAGCCAAUCUCUGACUGCGAGCACACCCCGAGAAGUGGGAUGUUCAUUCUCGGCAGGAGGUGACCGUGUCCACUCCAGCACCAGCUCUCUGUCUGCCCUCACCCCCCAGUCCCAUCCCCCAUCCUCUCUCCUCACCCCCCAGCCAGACCAGUCUCCCUCGAAAGAGGACAACUCCUCUGCCACACACAAAUCAAAGAGAAGAUUCCCUGACUUCAGCAGCCUCCGCAAGUCUCUCAGCAGAGGCAGGAAGAGUGAGAAGGAGAAGAACGAGAGAAGGUCCCUGGACCACAGGGGUUCGUGUGGUGACCUGGUAGACAAUCCCAGCAGUGGUGUAUCUCCCUCAGGCUCUGUCACUUCCAUGCCCUCCUGCCUGCCCUUCUCCUGGUUCGGGGAGCGAGGGCGGGAGAGGCUGAAGAGGGAGAGAGAGAAGCUUAGAUCGGUCUCCAGCAGCAGUCUACCCUACAUGACCACCGGGGGCAGUAGAGACUGCCAGAGACUGAGUGUUGCAGACGCAGGGAGUACCAGCUCUGCUCUCCUGUCAGGGAUGCUAUCAGAUUUGUCUCUCUCUGGGCGCUCUCAAACUCUCACCUUCUCCUCCUCAGAGACUCUGGACGGUGACUCUGUCCUAGUUGGUAACGACAAUCAAUGGCAAAGCCGACCCCUGGACCAAUGGACCAAUCAGCAGGUCUGUCUGUGGUUGAUUGGCAUUAGCAUGGACCAAUAUACAGCCGAGUUCACAGCCAAUGGUGUGGAUGGGCUGCAACUCCUCAAUCUGGACAACAACAAACUCAAAGCUCUGGGGGUGUGCAGUCAGAGUGACCGUGCUGCUCUGAGAAGAAGGCUGAAGGAGAUGAGGAAGACUCUGGAGAAGGAGAGAGUGAAGGGAAUGGAGAGCGAGGAAAAGGAGAGUGAAGGAAAGAAGACGAGGGAGAAGGCGGGAAGGGAGGACAGACGUGGUGGUCAAAAGGUCAGAACAGAGUCACUCUGCUGAAGUCUGCACUCUGACCCCUAAACGAUCUUCAAUCACAACUUUUUAUCUGAGAAGUCCUACUUCCAUUAGGCUCACCGCGACUGGGGAAAUAUACUUUAUUUAUUGUGUUUUGUUGCUAUGUAUAGACGUUUCUAUAUGCAUGUUGUACAGCUGAUGACAUUUAAGCACUAUAUUGUAUUUUAAGCUGUGAAUGUUUUACAUGCGUUAAUAAAUCAUGUUUCAAUCUUAGA